GCGAGGAUGAAGUCCAACUAUGUGAAAGAUGUGGAGAAAGUACAGGAGAAAAGAGAGAUGCAGCAACUGCAGCAGCAAGAGCUAAGGGAGAACAGAGCGCAGGAAGUGGAUACGACAAACCCCAACUAUGAAAUAAUGCAGAUGAUCAGUGACUUUAGGGAAAGCCUGGAUUGCAGCCAACUACACACAGCUGAUUUGAUUGAAGAGCACCAAAUAUGUGUUUGUGGGAGGAAGCGCCCUCUUAACGAAAAAGAACUCACUGGAAAGGAGCUUGAUGUGAUCACCAUCCUUAAUAAUGGUGUCGUCAUGGUCCAUGAACCUAAGCAGAAAGUGGACCUCACCCGUUACCUAGAGAAUCAAACCUUUCGCUUUGAUUAUGCUUUUGAUGACCUUGCAACAAAUGAAAUGGUUUACAGGUUUACAGCAAGACCUUUGGUGGAAACCAUCUUUGAGAGAGGAAUGGCUACAUGCUUUGCAUAUGGCCAUACUGGAAGUGGAAAAACGCAUACUAUGGGUGGAGACUGUUCAGGAAUGAACCAGGAUUAUUCAAACGGAAUCUCUACCUUAGCUGCUCGUGAUGUUUUUCUUAUGCUAAAGAAACCCAAAUACAAGCAGCUGGAUCUUCAAGUCUUCGCAGCCUUCUUUGAAAUUUACAGUGAAAAGGUGUUUGACUUGUUGAACCACAAAGCAAAGCUGCGUGUACUGGAGGACGGGAAACAGCAAGUGCAGGUGGUUGGGCUGCAGGAGAGAGAGGUCAAAUGCACUGAAGAUAUCCUCAAGCUCAUUGAGAUUGGAAACAGCUGCAGAAUGUCAGGACAGACUUCUGCCAACGCUCAUUCGUCUUGUAGCCAUGCUGUCUUCCAGAUUAUUCUGCGCAGAAAGGGGAAGAUGCAUGGCAAGUUUUCAAUGAUUGACCUGGCUGGGAAUGAGCAUGCUGCUGCUACAUCCAGUGCUGACCGACAGACACGGCUGGAGGGAGCAGAGAUCAACAAGAGCCUACUUGCACUGAAGGAGUGUAUUAGAGCGCUGGGUCUGAAGAAAUCAUACAAACCAUUCAGAGCCAGCAAACUUACGCAAAUACUCAGAGAUUCGUUCAUCGGAGAGAACUCAAGGAUGUGCAUGAUUGCCACCAUCUCUCCUGGAAUGGCUUCCUGUGAAAAAACUCUGAACACACUACGAUAUGCCAACAGAGUAAAGGAGUUUGGGAUUUGUCCCUCAGACAUCCUGCUUUCUCAGGGAGGAAGUCGCUCUGGACUGUCUCCCACUUGCAAAGUGAAGGAGCUGACUGUGGACCUGAACACCAUAGCUAAAGGAGUCCAACCCAACAACAGCGCCAUCAACCAGUUGGACAUCAUGGAGGAGGGGAAGCUAAGUGGCCCCCCUCAGGGAGAUGACCUCAAGCUACUCUAUGAACAGAAUGUAUGA